AUGGCACCAUCGAAGCCUUAUUAUCACGUUACACAUGACUAUCGGCCUGAGACAUCUAUAUCAUCGAAGGUUGAGAUAUGUAUACCGAAGGGACAAAGCCCACCUGAGCGUAUAGCCAUGCCUUUUGUCCCUUCAUUAAAAGAUCUCAGCGAAGGGGAUAAUGAUAAGCUGCUAUCAUUUAUCCAGUCUCUGUGUCAACACAAACAAGUUAUGGCCGAUCUCAACAAUGCAUCACUCAACCAGGAUAUCGCCGAUCUCGACGAUGCAUCACAUACGUACAGCGACGAUGGAGAUAAGGGCAACGUAACAUUCCUUUCCAUUAUAAGGAAGUGGCUGUGUUGCGUCUGUCUAAGAAGGAUGACAUCUAAGGCGUAUGUCAUGUGCUGA